UCAUAGAUGGGGGGAAGAUUGAUCUCCAUAAGCUUCUAGAUGCAGUAAAAGCAAUAAAGGAAGAGUUUAUUGAUAUGGGUGAUUUAGAAGAUGUUUUGGAAAACACUGACCUAGAACUUACAGAUAAGCAGUGGAAGCUGGUGGAAAAGUUGCAACCUGAUGCUACUAGAAAACCCUAUCAGAAGAGGUUUCUGGAGGAUAUGAAGACACUUAGAGAAGGGAAAAUCAAGGCUGGAAAAGUGGACACGUUUCUGAAGAACAAGGGGAUAAACAUCUCAGAAAAAGAGCUUAAAGACCUAACACAAAGCCUGCCCAUGACUGCUGAUGGGAAAGUUGAUAUAAAAACUUUGAUGAAUGAAGCAAAAGUUUUCACAGGUGAAAAGGUUGAUGUCAAUAAUCUGGAAAAUCUGCUGAGAAACGUGGGAAUUGAGCUUAAUGAUCCAGAGUACAUGAAGCUAGUGAAAACACUUCCAGUGGAUGAUAAUGGGAUGGUGCAUUGGGCUAGAGUACUGAAGGGUGUGAAGUCCCUCAAAGGAGGAAAAGUUGAUGUCAAAAGCCUGAACUCUUUCCUGGAAAGCAUGGGUAUUGCACUUGAUAAAAAGGAAGUGAAACAGCUAAGGGAAACCCUGCCUGUUGAUGCUAAUGGAAAAGUUGACCUAAUUAAGGUGAUGGAUGGAGCAAAAACCUUUACAGGAGAAAAAAUUGGUAUUGAUGAUGUAAAAACUGUUCUGGAAAACAUGGGGAUAGAGUACAAAGAUCAAGAAUUUUCUAAACUGAUGGAAACUCUGCAAUUUGAUGAUGACGGAAAGAUCUUUCAAAACAGGCUACUGGACAAAGUGAAGUCCCUGAAAAGUGGGAAGGUCAGCAUCAGCAAUCUGAAAACUCUGAUGGACAACUUGGGGAUCAGGCUCAAGGAAAACGAAUUUAAGGAUCUGGUAAAAAGUCUCCCUGCCGGUGUUCUUAGGAAGGUUUCUUUAGAUACACUGAUGAAAAAGUUGAAAGCUUUUACAGGAGACAAGGUUGACUCCAGUGACCUGAGAAACGUCUUAAAGAACCUGGGUGUUGAACUCACAGAGAAGGAACAAGAAAGGUUGCUGAAGACACUGCCAGCUGAUGAUGCUGGGAAGGUAUAUUACAAUAGGCUGAUUAAAGCUGUGAAAUCCUUCAAUGAGGGAAAGGUUUAUGUAAAUAACCUGGACAGUCUCCUAAAAAGACUGGGAAUCAAACUCAAUGAAGAUGAAUUUGCAAAACUGUUAGAAGAUCUACCAGUGGAUGCUAAUGGGAAGGCUGAUCUGAAAAAAGUGAUGAAUAAAGUUAAAGCUAUUACAGGAGGAGAAGUGGAUAGCAAAAAUGUGAAAACUGUUCUAUCAAAAAUGGGAAUAGAUCUUUCAAACAAUGAAUUCUCAAAACUGAUGGAAAAUCUGCCUUUUGAUGAUGAUAACAAGGUCUUUAAGAACAGGUUACUAGAAGUCGUGAAGUCUCUCAAAGGUGGUAAAGUCGAUGUCAACAACCUGGAUACAGUUCUGAGCAACAUGGGAGUCGAACUUUCAAAUAUGGAGCUUAGAGAUCUGAGUCAAAGCAUACAUGUUGGUGUGGAUGAGAAAAUUCCUCUACAAACACUGCUGAAAAAACUGAAUGACUUUAAAGGUGAGCAGAUUGGGCCUCAUGAUGUACAAAGUGUCCUGGCAAACCUUGACAUUGAACUCACAGACAAGGAACUGGAGGACCUGAUGAAAACACUGCCCCUCAGCAGUGAUCCAGUGGGAGCUUCUGAAUAA